AUGUACGACGAUUCUUGGUACAGCUUUGUGCCAGAGGUGGCUAAGAAAGCUACAACGGCUGCCCAGGGCCCAGGCCACCGUCGCAAAGAGUCGCUGUUGCAGCAGUCCAAUGGUAUACCCCAAGCUUCCAAUGCACCAGAAGCCCUCGACGAAAUUUUUGAAGAGAUUGAAGACCGCAACACCCCCCCGGAAGCUGAGGUCUUGCGCCGCGCAAAGUCCUAUUCCGAUUUCUACCACGUCGUUCGAGCCCAAUUAGCCAAGGAUGAGCAGCACAACAGGCGCAGGCGGAAGAAGGAAAAGACUUGGGAUGCGCUAGAUAUUGCGACGGACGUUGCCGAAUCCAAGACCCGGCCUCGCCCGGUUCAUCGCCAGUACGAGGGGGAAUUGCUUGAGGCUAGUCAGCAGGAAUACCUGUUGUACAAGGACCAGCUGACGCUCACCGAACGGCACCUCGACAUGCUCAUCGAUGACACGAAUCAAGCGCUUAAGCUGUUGACGACACUGUCUGAAUCGUUCCAGUCAGUUGAGGCCCAGACGAGUUCGUUCCAGUCGCAAUGCGAGGACCUUUUGUCGGAACAGCACAGGCUCGAGAAACUUGCAGACGAGGUCGGCACCGAUCUUCACUUUUACGCAUACCUUGAUAAUGUCUCCAGGAGACUCAAUGCUCCUGGCGCUGGACGGCUGGUUGAUGAUGAUUCUUUCGGCGAGAUCUUGGGGAAUCUAGAUUCUUGUAUAGGCUUCAUGUCGAAACACACAACAUAUCGUGACGCCGAGUCCUACCUUGCACGGUACGAGGCUUUGUUAACCAAGGCACUCCAUCUUCUUGAGGUCGGCUUCACCAAUAGACUGGAGAGCAUCUCCUCCGAGAUCGCGAGCCAGAUUGCUGGUACCAAGUCCGAGGCCACCCGCCAUGCUUUGGCGUAUGGGCGUUUUGAGGAGAUGAUUCUUGAUUCUUACUCUCUAAUCCCUAAUAUCCACAAAGUGAUUAACAGCGUAUACGAUGAAUAUGGACUCCCAGUCACUGGUAUUGCCAAAGACAUCUACUCGAAUACCACGAGUAACCUCUUCAGCUCUUACUUGGCCGUCCGAGACCGCGACUUGAAGCCUAUGGUGCAGCACGACCAGGACGAGUUCAAAAAAGAGAUCAAAGAUCUUUCCGUCGAGACAGCUUCAAGGAAUUAUAUCAAGCAGAGCUUCGAACGGGCGUUCAACGAAGCCAACCUAUUCGCCAAAAUCUUCGGUCUGGAUUUACAAUGGAGCUCUGAUCCGGAGUCGGCAUACGGAGUCCUCAAGUCUAACCAGAGGUCGCUCGUCAACCCGGCGAAUCUCGUCCAGUUGGCCGCCAAUCUCAAUGCCGCGUUGCAGACUGCGGAUCUCGACACGAUCUGUAGUGUGGUCGGCUGGCUGACCAACGAGUAUCUGGUCCUCGACUACGAUGAGGAAGAAUCCCCUUUUGCGCGUCAGUGCCGCGAACUCAGCGCCAGGCUCUUGACCGAACAUCUCUGGGUCUUCACAGACAACGCAUUCGAGGCAGAAAUUACAAAGACGAUUGCCAAGGCCACAGUCAAAGAUGAGGCUCUCACUAUUGGCCCAGUGGUCGGCGGCGUUUCUUCUUCAAAUGCCUUUCCCCCAGUUAAGCAAGCGCUCAAGCUUUUGGCCAAGUAUGACCAGGCUAUGCCCAAGGAACGAAGUCAAAGGAACAGUCAAGUGAUUUUCAAGAUCGUCCGGGAAACCAUCCAGAUCCUGCAACGCGCUGAGGCGCGGAUCAAAUCAAUCAAGGCCGGCACGGACGCUGAUCUGUUCAUGGUAAAGAACCUCCUCAUUAUCAAAAACGAGCUCGUCUCUCUCGAAAUCGGAGACAUUCGAGGCGACACGGCCGCCAUGCAGCAUUUCGGUCACAUCUGGGACAACCUCAGCCCCCAGAACUGGGUAGGCUUCGUCAGCAACAUCAUUGGCGGCUCCCUAUGGUCCCGGGGAACGGGAGGAGCGGGGGCGGGAGCAGCGACCGUUACGGCCAAGACGCUGACGGUCGAGGACAUGAGCGAGCAGCUGGAUGAGCUGCUGAGGCAGUCCAUUGUCGCCUUUACGCAGCGCUGGGGCGGACUGACGAACGAUGCGAGGGCUAGGAAGCCCGGCGUCAAGCCCAUUGGCAAGGUGGAGAAGGAGUUGGACGAGGUGCUGUUGAGGGCUUUUAGCAACCAGCCUGAGGUGAUUGCGAAGCUGAAGGAGGCGAUUGAGAUUAAUGCGCAGGCACAGGAGAAGGCGCAAGAGGAAAAGAAGGGAAUUAGACGGUACUGA